CACAAACUUCCUCUGCCUCUUUUCCUCAAAAAAUUCCUAUAUAAUUUAGCUGAACUCUUGGCAGUUAGCAAUUAAGUUGUAGAUAUUUAUGGGAAAGACUUGGUAAAAGGGUAGGAAAAAAGAGAAUUAGUCCAAAUUCUUCUCAUUUCUAACUCCAGCUUUGAUUAGAUUAGAUCAUGGCUCAGAGUGUGAACUGAUAUAUAUGGUCAGUCUGAUUCUCCUCUCAUUUUUGUAACUCUCAGCAGGGAAAAGCUGUUAGCUCAAUGACCUGGGAAAAUCGCUCACUGUUGAUGGAAUUUGUGUUCCUGGCCUAUCCCUCCCACUCAGAGUUGCGUGUCUUGUUCUUCCUUGGAGUCAGCCUGAUUUAUACAUUGAUCAUCAGUGGGAAUGUCCUCAUUGUGGUGGCCAUUCAGACAGAAGCCCGCCUACACACACCCAUGUACUAUUUCCUGGGCAGCCUCUCAGCGGUAGAAAUAUGCUACACUGCUGUGGUGGUGCCUCACAUCCUGGCCAACAUCCUACAGUCAGAGAAAACCAUCACUCUCCUGGGCUGUGCCACUCAGAUGAUUUUCUUCCUCGGACUUGGCAGUGCCGAUUGCUUCCUCUUAGCUGCCAUGGCCUAUGACCGGUAUGUUGCUAUUUGCCACCCCUUGCAGUACCCUCUCAUCAUGACUUUAACUCUUUGUGUCCGCUUGGUUGUGGCCUCUGUGGUCAUCGGCUUGCUCCUGUCCUUACAACUGGUGGCCUUCAUCUUCUCUCUGCCAUUCUGUCAGGCUCGGAGUAUAGAGCACUUCUUUUGUGAUGUGCCACCAGUGAUGCGUCUGGUUUGUGCCAACAGCCACAUCCAUGAGCAGUCAGUGCUGGUGGCAGCCACACUAGCCAUUACUAUGCCUUUCUUCCUCAUCGCCACCUCCUACGCCUUCAUUGUGGCUGCCGUGCUCAAGAUCCGCUCAGCAGCUGGCCGCCACCGGGCCUUCUCCACCUGCUCCUCCCACCUCACUGUGGUCCUGCUGCAGUAUGGCUGUUGUGCCUUCAUUUACCUGCGUCCCUACUCCAUCUGCUACCCCAAGCAAGAUCAGUUCAUCUCACUGGUGUACACAUCGGGAACCCCACUGCUCAAUCCACUUAUCUAUAGCCUGAGGAACAGUGAGAUAAUGGGGACCCUAGGGAGAGUUCUUACCAGAAUAACUAGGAGAGGGUAUAAUCUGUCAGGCAAAAGUUUGGUUCCAGCUCAUUCAAAUCCCCAAGCAACCGGGAUUUCUCUCAGUUGA